AUGUCCCUUUCUAUGACAAGUGACACGACAUCUGACUCUUCCAAAGCUUGGUGUGGGCGGAAAGGCCAGCGUUGUUCCUAUUUUGGAGGCCGAAGUCACGCCAACGUCGAAAAGGUGGGCAACUUUCCUCAUUGCGAGUUGAAGACAUUCCUGGAGAAUUAUGGCGCUAGUUUCGAUUGGCUGAUUCAGAAAUCUACUCAGGGGCUUUUCGCCGGUUUUACAGCAACAUACAUACUGAGAGAUAGCUGGCGCCAUCAGCUCCUUAGUGGCGCAAUUCCAGCCUUUGCUCUUUUACUUUUGACCUGGGUCUCAUGCGAAAGUCCUCGCUGGCUCAUCAUCCAAGGAAAAUACGAAAAAGCAUUCACCACUCUUGUCAGGCUUCGGAAAGAACGAGUCAUCGCCGCCAAAGAACUGUGCUCUAUCUACUAUCAGAUUCAAGCCGAGAGAUGGCUAUUUUCUGCGCCCGAAGUCAAGGUAGCUGCAGAUCUCGAGGCCACCAACUCCGAUGAAACCGAAGGUCUGAAUCCAUUCGAACCUGAGUUGCCUCGAACCAGCUAUUGGCGGCGUCUCAUCAACCAUUACACCUUUCCAAGGAUUCGUAGAGCUGCCAUUGCGGCCAUGGUAGUCAUGCUCAGUCAGCAGCUUUCAGGUGAUUAUUUUCCUUUAUUUUCCCACUACUUAUCUGUACUUACGCGCUCUGGUGCCUUUCUAGGAAUUAAUGUGAUAGCUUUCCUUGCUACCAACUUCUUUUCUUCUGCGCAGCUUCGUAAGUCGACACCAGAAGAGGCAAAGCUAGAUUCCUACAAGCUCGCCAUUGGAUUUGGUGCUGUUAAUGCUCUGGCUUCAGCGUGGGCUUAUUUCUUGGUCGAGAAUAAAGAGGAGCCUAGAGCUGUGACUGAGAUUGAGUCUGAAUACUGCGAUGAUAAGGAGAGUAUGCAUGACAAUGGAUUACAUCGGCCUAGCACUUCGGAAGAGGAAGAAGUAGGAGACACUAGGAACGACUUUAGCAAUCGCUUCUCAGCAGCUGGUGCUUCUGUAAGGUUUCAGGAUGACGAAGAGAUUAUAAACGACGGCGAUUCCUCAAUUGACGGUCAGCAUCAUGGCCUCCCUCUGGACACACUACAACGAGACUCUCGAGUCCUAUCGGAAACAUCCUCCUUAUCCGACGUCGAACUCAGCGAAAGCGACGAUACGCAGCUCUAUACAACAGAAAAGACGCAUCAAUUUCGCGGUCGCCGUUUCCUUCUUCUCCUGUCUCUUUUUGGCGGUGUCUUUACUCUCCUCAUCACCGCACUCUGCUUCAACAUACCAGAGGGCAAUUCGGCACGCUUGCCCCUAGUAGCGUUGUUCAUUAUGAUCUUUACUGUCUUUUACUCUUUGGGAGCAGGGGCGAUAGCAUUUUUGUACUGCGCGGAGGUGUUCCCGAAUGAAGGACGUGAAAUCGGCAUGAGCUGGUCAACUUUCUGGAAUUUCAGUGGCGCCGGGACACUCGCCCUAUUUGUCCCAUUUGGUAUCAACUGGGGGCAUGGCAAGCUGCUCGGCCUGUUCUCCGGGUUCAACGCCGUAGCUUUCAUCCUAGUCUGGUUCCUAGUCCCCUCCACAAACCAAACGGCAACGCUGGAAGACAUGUCCUACAUCUUCGGGCGCAAACUGCGGCAGCACGCCAAAGCGCAACUCAAAAGACUCAAUCCCUAUGGCCAUGUCACCGGCGCAAAGAUUCAGUGGUUGACUGCACAGAGUGGGGCGGGUAGUAGGGUGAGAAUGAGGGUAGCUUGGGAGAGGAGGCACCACGAGGUGGGACCACUUGAUGAAAAGGAGACCGUGGGUCCCGAAGACGGUGGCUCGAAGAGUGGUGAUGGGAAGAAGGUAGACGUGGAAAGAACUGGGGAGAAGGCACCGUAUAUCCGAGAGCUGAGGUUUGAGAGGAGAAAGAGCGCUGCGGAAGGGGCGAAUGCGGAUGUCAUUGAGGUGCUGCCGACGCCAAAGUAG